UAAAAUCUUUGUAAGGACUAAAUUAGGAAUCUAUGCAAGGUGCUUAGUAACAAGGGAACUACUUUGAAACGCUCUGUUUCAUAUAGCCACUAGGUGGCAUCUUUGUAAAAAUACUGUAUAAGAAAGUUCAAACAAAUGAUUAUUGUAUAAAUACAUGCCGAGAUGCAUAAAAGUAGAUGUUUCUUGAAAAAGAUGACAUUUUGGACAAUAAAUCCUGACAAUGAGUAAAUUUAAGGUGGAAAAUAAAAUGGGAAAUGCUAGCAAAUUAUAUGAAAUAUAAGUAGAGUGGGUAUUGUCAUAUUUAAUGCUGUCAAGUACUUGGAAGUCUCUACGAUUUGUUUUUCUUCUCGACAUUUCUUGUCUUUGUUUCUAACCCUAGUGUUUUCCUACUGCCCCUAAAAUGGAGGAUAAUGAAAGAUAAGACCCAGAAAAGUAGGAAUUAAGAUGAAUGGGAUUUUUAAAAAUUACUAGAAGUCAAGAUUCGUUAUGAUUUUGGAAAUAUGAGUGAGCAUUUGGAAAAGCCUUUCUGAACACCUGCAGACUAGAUCUGCCCAUGAAAGACAAAUAUUAGUGGUUAUCUGUGUAACCGUUUUCCUUUGUUUUUCCUGAUAGUAUAGAAGCGAAUAAAAUUUUAGCUUUUGCAUCUUUUAAAAUGAUUACUAAAACAAAGCCAAUUUUUAUCUGAAAAUAUGAUACAUUUGCCAUAUUGUUCUAAUAAGAAAUAUGCAUUUUAAAAUGGGAUGAUUGGAAAAAAUGGCAUCGGACUUCAGGAAGUUUUUAGAGAGAUGAAAGUGCCAUUUUAGGAACAUGGCAUAAAGAAAUGAAGACCCUGUCCCUUGUAAAUGAGGAAAUGGACUUGUACUAAAUUUAACAAAACUUUAGUUUUGUUAACUCCACAUCUUUAAAAAAUACUGUAGGGUGUUAAACAUAGUAGCAUAGAAUAAUGGAUUAAAAUCCGGGCUUUAGGAUCUGACUGCUUGGGCUUAAUCUUUUUUUAACUUGUGUGUCGGUUUUCUCAUUAGUAAAAUGGAACUUAAUAGCAGUUCCUCUUUAAUAAAAUCUUUGUAAGGACUAAAUUAGGAAUCUGUGUAAGGUGCUGAGUAACAAUAAUAAGCACUAUUAUGAGAUAGUCACAUGAAGUUUGUUACCACAUGUUUAACAGGAACAUACUUGAUUUUUCCCCAACACUAUCCCGUUCUUCUUUUAAAACUUCCUUACUUUAAAGAAUUUAUUAAGGAGGGCCCUUUGCAAUUUAGUGCUUUAGCAAAACGUUUUGUUUCUCCUUAGAAACGCAACUACUAAAUAGCUAUGGUCUCCCUUUGUUCUUAGGCUGCCAGGAAGCCAAAAGCCAAGUUCUAAAAUUAACAAAAUCAAGAGGGCGCAGUUGUAUCCCUGUAUUCUCCGAUUAUGAUUUAAAGAAAAGACUGUACGCUUAAACUGCUGUUUAGAGUUUGGUUGGGAGAGCGCUGCCCUUUUACCAGUGUAACAGGCCUCGGAGAGAGGAUGGCGCCGCAGUCUUUCUGAGAUAGGUGCCCAACAGGUAGCAGCCUCGGCACUGGCUCCUCCUCCCCGCGCGGUUAAGAGCAGCUCGAGACUUCGCCCAGGCUGGAGGCCUCGGCUCCGGGAGCGUUGCUAGGAUACGGCCGCCAACAGAGGCUCUGGCGAGAGCCAUAGCCGCUUCCAAGGAUUUGAGAAAUCGCCUGGUCCGCAGGGGCUGAGUGUCUUAGCCAGGCAGGAGGCCAGGUUUGGUUGUCUUCUGGCCGGUCCCCUAGGCCGGCCUUGAACCGGCGACUCCAAUCCUCUUGGGCUCAGGGGCUGCUGGGCCACUGCAGAACGCCACGCUUCUGCUUUGAAGGUCCUGUACACCGCGCCAGUCUCAGCGCCUUUUCUAGCUCCGCCUCUGAUUUGGGAUUCGGGAGCAGCCGCUUCAGACUGGGAGGUGUGCUGCAACUCUCUCCUGAGGGCCCAACGUAAGGAAAAUGUCUGAUCAAGAGGAACAGUUGGAUAUUCGGGAUGUUGUUGAUUCCACAGAAGAAAGUGAUGAUGCUGUUGACAUUAUCAAUGUCCCAGUUCCUUCAGAUGCACUGGAAGAGUCAGAACUAAGUGAAGAAAAUGGAUCAGAAGCAGAAGAAGAAGAAGAAGAAGAAGAAGAAGAAGAAGAAGAAGAAGAAGACAAGAGUGCUACAAGUCUGGAAUCAAAUGAAGAAGAACUCGUGGAAAAGACUGAAUCUCCAAGCCAAGCUUCUGAUACUCUGAGCCAUGAGGAAGAACAGUAUGCACUGCAACCAGAUGAACAGAGCCUAAGUGAUGAAAGUCUGGCCUUUCUGAAUAAAAUAAAGGCUAUAACACAAUCUUUGCAAAUACCAAUUAAAGAUCCUUCAGCAACAGUAAAAGUUGUACUUGUUCCUGUGGGUCAAGAAAUUAUAAUGUCUUUUAAGGUUGACACCAUUUUAAAAUACCUUGGGGAUCAUUUUUCAAGCUUAUUAAGCAUCCCACCUUCUGUACUGCAGAUAAGUUAUGCAGGUAAAAUUCUUAGAAAUAAUGAGACUCUCGUACAACAUGGAAUUAAGCCACAGGAAAGUGUACAACUGGAAAUCUCUUCUCUAAAUCCAGAUGUAUAUCCAAUCAAAAGAAUAGUUAGACUAAAUGAUGUCUCUCAAAUCAUAACUGUCACUGUACAAACUGGCAUUGAUCAGUUCCAGGAAGUAUCUGUUGAAAUUGUAAAAUCUGACUUUCACAAGCCAUUUCUUGGUGGAUUUAGACAUAAAAUAACAGGAAUAGAAUAUCACAAUGCUGGAACACAAACUGUACCUAAAAAGAUUCCCGAGAAGCUUAAUUUAUUUUGUAGGGACACACAGACAGUGUAUCAGAGAAAAAAGAUCCAACAAACUAUAAAUACAACAUCUACACAAAUGACUAAAAUUGGUGUGUAUGUAUCAAACAUGACUGAUAAACUUGUAACACCAGGAAAAUAUUUUUCAGCAGCAGAAUACCAUGCUCAAAGAUUAAAGGCGGUGAUAGCAAUACAAACUUACUACCGGCGAUGGCACGCUAAAAUCUUCGUGGAGGAUUUAAGAAGACAGAGAAAGUUGAGGUUGGAAUGGGAAGCAAAGGAAGAACUUAGGAAAGUAAAAGAAAAAGAAGAAUGGAUGCAGCUGGAUUAUUACCGCAGGCAUAAUCCUAAAACAAAGGAGGAUUUUGAACUUCUUUAUAAUGCACUUGAAUUCUGGCGGCAAGAAGAACUUACACGCAUUAACCAACGUUUUACUGGAGUCGAAAGGAAAGCUGCUUUGUGUGAACUUUUGGAAAAAGAGACCCAGAUAAUUGCUUCCAUUGGCAGACAUAGAUAUAUUGCUUGUAUGGACAACCAGGAAGAAGUCAUACAAGCUUUUUUGGAUAAGUGUUCAAGUCCAAAGACGUGGAGAAGACCUGAUGGUAAAAUAAUUGAGAUGGAUACACAGUUCACAAUCAGAGCCAGGGAGUUGCAAAACAUCUAUAAAUGCAUCAGGCUUCAAAAUAUCUCUCAAGAUGAGCGAUUGGAUAUACUCCUGACACUUAAGCACACUGUGAAGGAACAUGAAUGUGAACUGACCCAGGAAAUCUUAGAAUUAAUUGAUAGAGAAGUUGACCUUAUGAUGAGAGGAGUUAAACCUCAGAACCUUGAAGGACUUAGAAAAAGAAUUACAACACUCUUUUUUCAUUACAUAAAAACACCUCUGUUUAAUCCUGAAGCUGCAAGAUACCUUAAGGUCCCUCAAGAUCCACUUAAAUUUUAUAAGAAGAUUUACUUUUGCCGCAGUUGCCAGCUGUAUCUGCCUUCUACAGAAUUUGCUGUUUCAUCUACUUCACACCAUGUAUUCAAGUGUCGUCACUGUGUUAACCUUGAGAAUGAGGCACAAAGACGAGAAUCCUAUUUGAAGUAUAAAUGUUUACUUCAGCGGCUCUACUCUUCCGAAGCCAGUUAUGAUGACGGUGCUCAAAUUGCCUUCUUGAUGCAGCUCCAAGAUAUUCAAUACCUGAUAGAGAACAUCUGGAUACCCCAGUCUGUACUCAGUGCCUGGGACGACCUCAAUGACUUGGUCAUGGUGAGAUGGGAUAAGUCCUGUGAGUGGUCCCCCUGGAAUUGCAUUCUUCUUACCAAAGACGAAGCAGCUGCUCAUCUCCAGCUAGAAAGUAUUGAAAAGGGAUAUGGACAUGUAUUUAUUCACAAAAUCAAACACAAACACAUUCUGGCUAAGAACUACUUUGGUCAGAUUCCAGUGCUGGCAUCAUUUAUACAGGAUGAUGGUGAAAUAGAAGAGAUCAGAAGCAAAUAUCACAUACAUAAAGCACCGAAAAUUAUAGCAGCCCAGAGACCUAGUCCUUAGAGGAUCCGGAAAUAUUUGUUUGAUGAUAAGAAUUUUUAUCCACUCGAUCAAGUCAGCUAUAUCAACACCAAUAAACCAAAGGAAUAGCCUUGACUGUGUGUCUGUCUGGGACCUGUGAUAGUGAACAGUGGCUGAUCCAUCAGUCUUAACAGGCACAUUUAAAUAGCAUAAUUCAGGAAGAUUUUCUUUACAAAAGGGCCUGUUUUAAAAUGUGGGCAAUAUAAAAACUGAAGGACUGGCAUAGGAACCCAGGGCUGCUAUUACAUUUACUGUAUCUACCUCUAGUCUUAAAUGAACUUGGGGAGAGCGAAGCCAGAGGACCCAGAAAUAGAGGAUUAAGAAGAUAAUUGAGAUCAAUGCCUAGUUGUCAAGGGACAGCAGCAAAUCCCUGUGAAACAGAAAAACAAAUAUCCAAUUUCAUGCUUCUUCCUUCUUCCAACCUCCUCCUGGGUUUCCCAUUGGCAGAACCCAAAAGGAGAACGGAAAGAGGAGCCAUAAUACAUACAUCUUCAGAGAAAAGACCAGAGUAGAAAAGAGGUGCGUAGAAAAGGUAUAGAUGAGAAUUGUCUAGAGCCUAAUUGUAAAAUUUUCGGGGCUAUGUUCAACUAAAUUUGCCCUUCUUUUAGACUUCAGAUGUAGGGCUAAAUAGAGAAUAUCUAGACAAGGAAAGGGUGAAAAAUGCAAAUCUAUAAUUGAAAUGGCAGUAUUCCACUCACAUUAUAAUUAUAGAAAGACAUAUAUAAUCCUUUUAAUUCUAAUCCAUAAUUAAUGAGGCUGCUCUUUCGUGUUUAGUGACCAAGAAUUUCAAACUAAAUAUUUUUCUAUGUAAACAUUUCACAACAUUUUAGCAGCGCAUUUUCUAGGCUGUCUACAAUUUUCUUUACUUAACAAAAGUACAGCCCCUGGCAAUUGUUCAAGAUCUAAACAUCCAGGAAGAAAGUGCUAUGAUGCUGUUAUUUUCAUAGACAAUCCAGACAUUCUGGAAACUUUCCAAACAACAAAUUACAGAUGGGACUAGAAUAGGGACUAUUUUCACCACUGGUAAAAGGGUAACAAUUUGACACAGACAUAUGUAGGUUUACACUAGAAUGUAAAAUAACAGAUUUUCACAGAACAGUCCAGGAGAAUUUGACAGCUCUGAGAAAAAAGGGCUGGAAAGAUGUGUGUGUGUGUUUGUGUGUGUGUGUGUGUGUGUGUGUAGCCAGAUAGGGCCAAAUAAAGGCUUUUAAAAACUCCCCUGUUGAUCCACAACUGAUUGUAGCAUUUUCUCAAAGGAAUAAAAGACUUACGGAGUAAAACUAAGAAGAAAGAUAAGCUUGGGAUAUGUAUUCUUUGACUUCUCCCUUAUGCUUCUUGAUAUGUUAUUAGUGACAGUGUUUCUUUGUCUAAGGCCACAGAUGCAGCUGUGUGGUCAUCUCUAACACUCCCACUCCGUGUUCUGGAAAUCAUUCAUUUUCCUCCUUAAGCUUACACAUGAGUAAUAUUUUUAUGUGUCUAAAUUUAUCUUUGUAGUACUUUUAUGUAGCCAGCUUUACUUUUUCUUGUUGAUUUCCUCAUCAUAUUUUCUUCUUUAUAAAGUCCUUUUAUCAAAUACUUUUCAACAUAAGCAGUUUGAGUAUACCAAGAGGUUCCUGCUGGACCCCAACAGAAGCAGUAAUUGGUCCACAGGAAUUGUCCCAGGAAACUGACCUGAAAAUGGAAUCCUAUGCGUGAAUUGCUCAUAUAUUUGAAGAACAUAUGGAUAACAUCCUUGCCAGGAUGAAAAUGGAACAAGGACAACAUGCAGCAUGUAGUAGCAUCAUACUCAAAUGAUCGCCAAUGACGGCGCAGUAUGGGGUGCAGAUGGAGAAUAAAAAGCCAGGAGAUCCAAUGGUUGAAGCAAUUAGUCACUUUGAUGGCAAGGUUUGUUUGUGGCAUAGGAAAACAAGAACCAAGAUAUAUCAUGUAAAGUUACUAGA